AUGAGAACAAUCUUCAUCAUAGCCGCUGUUUUGGCGGCUGCCUACGCCAGGCCGCAACUAUCUAGUCAAUAUGGUCUGCCCAGCGCCGCACCCCCAGCGUUUGCACCACCUCCUGUAGUAUACGCUCCACCUCCACCACCACCCCCAGUAUACGCUCCACCCCCUCCAGUGUACGCCCCACCCCCUCCAGUGUACGCCCCACCUCCACCCCCACCACCAGUGUACGCUCCCCCUCCUCCUGCGUAUGCUCCACCCCCACCACCACCACCUCCACCUCCCCCACCUCCUCCUCCACCCCCACCACCCCCACCACCAGUAUACGCCCCACCUCCCCCAGUAUACGCCCCACCUCCCCCAGUAUACGCCCCACCUCCCCCAGUAUACGCCCCACCCCCACCAGUCUAUGCUCCACCUCCACCACCCUACGCUCCUCCCCCACCAAUCUACGCCCCUCCUCCUCCAGCAUAUGCUCCACCUCCCCCACCACCACCUCCACCACCACCACCACCUCCCCCACCUCCACCACCACCCCCACCACCUCCUCCACCCCCACCAAGCACCUACGGACUGCCUUCUUUCUAA